AUGACUAUAUAUUAUAUCAACAAGACUAGUACACUCACUCGUGGACACCUCGUGACGCAAAUUACAAAGAAGAACUUCGCCUUGACACUGGUUUCAGCAAAAAAGACAGAGGCUGUUACCCUCAUGAGCACAGAUGUCGAGCAAAUCUGCGAUUUGAUUGUAGAAUUGCACGAGUUUGCCACAGCGAUCCCUGCUGUUGCAUGA